AUGGCCGAGCAGGUACCUAUUUACUCUGCGACUUACAGCAGCGUACCCGUGUACGAGCUGAAAAUUGCAGGUGAAAGCGUGAUGCGACGGAGGGCAGAUGACUGGGUAAACGCUACGCACAUUUUGAAAGCAGCGGGCUUUGAUAAGCCUGCGCGCACAAGAAUCCUGGAGCGUGAUGUCCAAAAGGGAGUCCAUGAGAAAAUCCAGGGUGGCUAUGGCAAGUACCAGGGAACCUGGAUCCCUUUGGCGGAUGGACGCACCUUAGCUGAGCGCCAUCUUGUUUACGCCAAAAUCGCUCCGAUCUUUGAGUACGUGGCCGGGGACCGCAGCCCUCCUCCUGCACCAAAACACACAACUGCUUCCUCGAAGCCACGAGCUCCCCGGAAAUCCACAAACCGUACCACGGCGCCCACGGAGAACUUCAAGUCAACUCAGCCCCAGCGCAGCAUGCCACCUCCAAGCUUACCUCAUGAUCACGACGACAUGAAUAUCACAUUUGAUGAUAAUGAGUCCAUCGAGCAGGCGACAAUCGACUCUUCGUCAAUGAUGGCUGUUGAGGACACGCUUCAGCAGUCUCAGCACGAAAGUCGAAAGCGCAAGCGAGUUGAUGGGUACACCGUGCUGUCGGAGACGGAUAAGGCACACAUCAUCUAUGGCGACCAGUUGCUAGAUUAUUUUGUUUUCAAGGCUGAUGCCUCUUAUUCUGAGGUUGCCCGCCCCAGUCCACCUCCCAAUUUUCAGGUCGACCGCCCAAUUGACAGCUACAACAACACCGCCCUUCACUGGGCUUGUUCGAUGGGUGACUUGGAGAUCAUUCAAGAUCUUCUUCGACGAGGCGCCAACGCGAGCGCUGUGUCAUCUCACGACGAGACUCCACUUAUCCGAGCGGUUUUGUUCGUGAAUAACUACGAGAAACGAACAUUUCCAGCCGUGCUGGAUAUGCUCAUGGAUACUGCUGUCUUUCGCGACUGGUUUGGAGCGACAUUGUUCCAUCAUAUUGCGCAGACCACUAAAAGCAAGGGCAAAUGGAAAAGCGCCAAAUAUUAUUGUGAGGUUACCCUUCACAAGCUGCGCAAAGUCUGCUCACAGGAGGAUAUUGAGGUUCUCUUAUGCUGCCAGGACAACAAUGGCGACACAGCUGUCUUGGUAGCUUCACGAAACGGCGCAUCCAAGGUCGCCAACAUGUUACUCGCUCACUGUCCUCGAGCUGGUGACCUUAUGAACAAGAGGGGAGAGACAGCCUCCCGCAUUAUGUACGAAAUCGCGGCCAACUCGCACCAACCUGACCACGAUAUCCCACCAGCCCCGUCCUCUGUGACCAUGGCCAAUGAACAACCGGAUGGACCCGGAGCUGAUCAAAUGCCUUCCGAUAACGCUUCGAUUGGUACACUUAUCAACCCUGCUCUCACAACUGAGCUGCUUCCUAAGAUUGGCGCAAUUGUGUCAGAGGCGCACAGCCAGCUUACAUCGACCUACGGAAAUUCCAAUGGGAAUGAGCAAGCUUCCGAUGAUGUGGCCAAGCCAGAGGCACUUUAUGGGCAACUUGAGUCAGACCGGGAGAAAAUCAAGAGACGUAUUGCUGUUCUUAUGGCUAAGGAAGCUAAGCAAGAGGACCAUGAAACUCAACACAGCCGCUUUGAAAGGGUACGGGUCUGUUUUGAGUCAUUGCACGAGCAUCGUCAGCUCCUCCUUAUCACGGACUACGUGGAAAAGUUUUGCCAGCAGCUUCGCGAGGACGGUAUCGUGCCAACACAAAUCAGCGAGGAGGUGCUGGCAGAGCGUGUUGAGCUCAUCUGCCGACUUGCGACCGAGGCGGUUGAACGCCAUAGCGCAGUAAAGAAUCUGGCGCAACAGACCGCUGACGCCGGCGUGAGCACCAAGUUCGACGUACACAGAAAACUUGUUGCUUUGGCUACCGAUCUGAAGGAAGAGGAUCUGGAUCCCAUGGCUGCUGACCUGGCUGAAUUUCUGGAAUUCGAUCGCGCGAAUGGCGAAGCCUCUCCUGUGGGAUCUGACGACAAAGUCAUUCCCCCAGAGAAUCACUAG